AUGAAGCUCGAUACGAAAGCCCUCCGAUAUCUGAAUCCCAGCGACUGGCGCACCCUGACCGCGGUUGAGACCGGCAGUCGCAACCAUGAAGUCGUCCCUACCCCACUGAUUGCGAACCUCUCGAAAUCCAGCGUCGGAGAUGUUCAGCGCAGUAUUUCCUUGCUUGCGAAGGCCAAUCUCAUCGCGAAGGUGAAGAACGCCAAAUACGACGGAUACCGACUGACGUACGGCGGAUUGGACUACUUGGCUCUGCAUUCUCUCCAAAAGGGCAAUAUCGUCUACAGCGUGGGCAACCAGAUCGGGGUCGGGAAAGAAAGCGACAUUUUCGUCGUGAGUGAUGAGAAAGGCGAACAAAGAGUGCUCAAGAUUCAUCGCCUCGGCAGAGUCAGUUUCAAAAAGGGGGUGCGCAACAAGCGAGACUAUGCCCGGACCAGAACGCAGAAAGAGAGAGGUGCUGGGAGCUGGAUGUACAUGUCCAGGUUAGCCGCAGUCAAGGAGUACGCUUACUUGCAAGCACUACACGACGUUGGCCUCAGCGUCCCUACACCCCUAGGCCAGAACCGACAUCACCUCGUCAUGUCACUUGUGGACGGAUUUCCUCUCAGACAGAUUGACAAGGUCCCUGAUGCGGCCGGUCUGUACGCGGAGCUCAUGGAGAUGCUGCUGCGACUGUGCUCGCUUGGGCUCAUCCACGGAGACUUCAACGAGUUCAACAUUUUGAUCAGGGAAGAGGAGGGGGGAGACGGUGUCAAACUGAUCCCGGUGUUGAUUGACUUUCCCCAGAUGGUUAGUGUCGACCACGCCAAUGCAGAGUUCUAUUUCAACCGAGAUGUGGAGUGUGUCAAGCGGUUCUUCGCCCGACGAUUUGGGUUCUCCAGCAAUGAGGAAGGACCUUUUUUCAAAGAUGCUAGACAGCUGGUCGGCAAGGACGGGGUCAAAAGACUGGAUGUGGAGGUCGAGGCUUCGGGCUUCUCCAGAAAGAUGGCUAAAGAGCUCGAGGCUUAUAUGAAAGAGCAUGGUGUGGACGGUGACGCCAAAGCCUCCGAAGCGGUCGAUGAGGAGACUGCGGAUUCCGACAGCCAGAGUCACGAAGAAGAGGACGAUGAUGAUUCUGAACGUGACGACGGGGUCUCCGAACCUGUCACGAGCUGA